UAAGUUCACAUUUGGAGAGAUUUUUUAAAUAUUAAACUAAUAUAUCUCAUGGUUAUUACUUAAUAUGGAAAUAUUUUGACUUGCAAAAUUUGUACCAGUUAUUCUGAGUGGCAAACAGGUACUGUUAUUGUAAGUGUCAAAGUGAGUGGUAAGGAUCAUUUAACUUUUUUUAGUGAUAUACAUAUUUAAGACAAAUAAACUUUGAACCUUUUAUUUAAAUAUUAUUUUUUUGAUUUGUUUUACAUUCCUAAAUUUAUUAAGAAACUCAUCAGUUGUAACUAUUUAAUGCUUUAAUGGUAUAAUGGGUCGACACAUAUUUAAAGGAGAAUUCAAAAAACAUUUAAUUAGUAAUUUUACAUUGCCAUCUAACACAAAUAUUGGGUGCAUGAAUGGACACGUUCUGUUUCUUUAUACUAGCAAUGGUGAGUUGUUUAGCAAAACAGUUGCAAAAGUCAAUGAGCAUUUUAACUUGAAUAUUUGCUCCAGUCAUAUCAAAAAAGUAGUGUACAUAGCCAAAAACUGGUCUAAAAAUUUUUUAAGAAAAUAUGAAAGUUGUGUUGCAUUUUGUAAUGAGCCCUUUAUAAACCGUGAACCACUGAUUACAAUUUUAUCGCAGCCUAUCUUAAGUAACACUAAUUACACAAUAUCACAUUCUUCUGUUUAAUCAUUGUCAGAACACAGCAGUGUCACAUCUCUGAUACGUAAUGAACCUUCAUGUUCUGCUGGACAUGAAGCAAAUUUAACUACUAGGCAGACUUCAAUAGAAAAAUUGAGCCCUAGGAAGAAAAAAUUAACUAACUGGUUGUCUCAUUUGUCUUCUAGAUUAUAUGUAACGAAGUGGAUCAUACAGCUUUUUUAUAUUCAAACUUUCACUUUAAACCCUUUGAAGAAUGUCGUCGUAUGGUCAUAUCAAAUAUUUCAAACACAAUGUCGGACAGAGUAUCUGUUAACCAUCUUACAAUAAAAAAAAUUGGUGAAACUUGGGGUAAAAGUCUCAAUGAAUUAAACUGUCAUUUGCACCCUCUUGACACAAUUGCCACAUCGUGUCGUUCAGCAUUAAAGUCUCUAGAGCUUGAUAGCUGCAAAUUAUAUGGAAAUGUUAAUUUUUUAGACAAUAAUAAACUACCACGAGGUAUCAUUCCAAGGUAUCGUGGAAAUCUCCUUCACGUUCUGUUCCACACUUGUUUUAUUUUUAUAAAACAUUAUAACAAAUUUUCACAUUUUUUAACUAUAGGAACAGUAAAAAUAAAAACUUUACAAAGGGUUCUGCGAGUAGCAUUUUGUAAUACAACUGCUAUAAAGCAAAUGUGUCUACUUGCUUUAUUUGGAAAACUUCUUACAGGCCCGUGGAUGACAAUGUUUUAUGUGUCAUCUGAGAAAGCAUAUUUUGAUCAUGUUGGUGGUAUCCAGAUUGUUAAAAAUGUUGUGCAAACAAUUAAAGACUGCAAAUGCGAUCCAGCUGCAAUAUUUUGCAGAACAACAGAUUUUUUUGGAAAUGCUCUCAAAGCAAAUGUGUUAGAACCAUUAACAAAAAUAUGUAGAAUUGAUGACGAGCUCAUUGCCAUGAUCUUGGCUUGCCUCAAUGCAAUAGAAGUGGUUUUAAAUCAACAGUAUAAGCGCUAUUUUUCCAUUACCAUUACAGAAGCACUUUCCAUUACCAUUACAGAAGCAAAAAGAAACAGCUAGUGCAAGGCUUCAUUACAUAGAUAGUGAAGAGUUAAUGGGAAUGUUCAGUGCUGCAAAAGGAAGAUCUCCUAAUGCAUCUAUUGAUUAUAUAUCUUGCAAAUUACGAACCAAAAAGAAUGGGACAAUGGAUUAUCUGGAUAAUCUUGAUGACUUUUCUAGAAAAAUGGUAGUUCAGUGGUCUAUUCAGGCAGCACGUAAAAAACGAAUAAAAACUCGACUACAACAUACUGAAAUUAGAGCUGAGAUUUCUAAAAGACAGACUAUAAAACGCCAAAAAAUUGAUGAAAAAGAAAAAAGAAAGUUAGAGCAACAAUUAACAUUAUUAACUAUCAGUGAAAUUCUGAAUUUGUUUAAAAACUUAUCUACUAAGCAAAUUGAUGAUUUAAAUGAUGUUAUGUGUGAAAGAAUUGUUGGGAGAAAUCUUUGCCAUGAAUGGUAUGAUUCCGAUACAGCAAUGACAGUCUUGUAUAAUGGCAGAGUAGAAAAACUUAAAAAAGCUCAGAAAGAUAUUAUAUACACUAUUUCUUAUUGGACUAGAGAAGAAAAUGAUACUGAAGCAGUUGAUUAUUAUAUGAAAAAAUUCCAGCUAGUUGCUGACAUUGUAUCCGGUCAGAGGGGGAACCAUCUAUAACUAUCACAAAGCAUUGUGUGGUGUAUUUUGAGUUUUGGUUGUCAAAAAAAAAAGGAAGAGGGGGGGGCAACGACACGCCCCCUCGCUCAUCUACACCCUUGAAACAAAUGGUGCGCUGCUAGUGAUUUUGUAAAGUAGUAAAAUAUAAUUUUUGAUUUAAAUACUAGAUUUCUUUUUUAAUUAUAAAGAUAAAUAUUUAUAUAAAGAGUCAUUUUUGAUAAUAGGGUGUAUGAAACCAUCACCCUUACAUCCACCCAAUGGCAAUGAUUAGUCUUCUAUAUUUGAUUGUGAUCUGAUAGCUAAUUACAAAAACAUCUUGCAUAUAAAAAUUUACAUUUUCAUUAAAAGAAAACACUUUUUUAUAAAUAUAGUAAGUCUUUAUUGCCGGUAAGGAUGGUGGUUUUGUGCCCCCUCUUACCCCCGGAUGCGCCCAUUGUCUAGAAACUUUUAUAAAUUUGUAGAUGACUCUUGUAUCUAUCUUUUGAUACCAAGAUAUAAUCAUUUGGAUAAGAAUUAGUUAAGUUAUAAUAAUUUUAGUUAAUAA